GCCCACUAGAGCUAGUCGAACCCUCAGUCGGACUCUUGGUAUUGAAAUCCAGCCACCUUUUUGUCACUGCUUGUAUGGAUUGCAGGCAUCGUUUGUAACUCUUUAUUCUGUGCCCCAGUGUUUUAAAACUUUUGUCGUGUUUACUGCAAAAUGCGCACGGUCCACUUUGUCCUCUCAGAAGGGAUGAACUCGGAGGGACAAUUAUUUAGAGUUAAAAAAGAUUUUUGUGUUCAUUUUGUCCUGGAUGCUACACUUGUCGGCAAACGCGUUCGAUUUUUCACCAACUACCCUACGUCAAGCGAUCCUACAUUCAGUCGUGAAAAGUACAGAGAAUUGGCUUGGACCAAUCCUACCUUAUCCAAUCAAGAGGUGGACUGUUUUGAUAACCACUUCGAACUAUUUCCUCUUUGUGUAUCCGGUUCUUUUCACUUUUACUUCACAACCGAUGUGGAUCCGAUUGCUCCAACUUCUGGGAGCGGAACACCAUCUCAAGUAACAGGCAGCGGAUAUCUCACCGUCGAUCCUCACUUCGGUACAGAUUCCGUAGGCGUCUCUGCGGAGUCUUUGGCGAAAUCAGGUUGGGAUCUGGACGGUGUCGUUUUACAGACGUACCUUUCGAAGAAUCUUGGUUACUUUGAUGAAUGGGAUUCAAGAUUAAUGGCUGCUAAAGAAGGAAAUUAUAAUAUGAUUCACUUCACUCCGUUCCAAGAAUUGGGAUACUCUGGUUCUGCUUACUCUUUGCGUGAUCAGUUGAAGGUGAACCCAAGUUUCACUCGUCCAAAGUCUGCCCCCAUCGAAUGGCCUGCGAUUUCAAAGUUUCUGAAUCAUUUGGAGGUCGACUGGUCGAUUCUCAGCAUGACCGAUUUGGUGUUCAAUCACACAUCUAACGACAGUCCGUGGUUACAUGAACAUCCCGAAUGCGCAUACAACGUUGUCAAUUCACCACAUCUUGUACCCGCUUACUUGUUGGAUUUCAUUAUUUGUCAGAUGUCUGCCGAAGCUGCACGUGGUUCUCUUGCUUCCCAUGGAAUCCCGGCUACUUUGCGCCAUCCAUCUAGUGAACUACCGGCAAUACGUUCAUGGCUCAGUUCACAGAUUGAGGCCGCUCGCCUUCAUGAGUUCUUCUUGGCCGACACUACUGCCGUCGAAAAGGAGUUCGUCUCAUGGUUACUCUCUACUGACUCAUCCAUCGACGAAGUUUCCUACUCCUCAAAUUCGGAGUCGCUUGUGCUGAAAGUGGCAGGCAAACGUAAAGGUCGUCGUUUCGGAAGCACUGUGGAUUUUGAAUUGGCACGAAAAAUGUUUGUUGGCGUCACCGACCAUUCAAUGCCACUCACAGAAGCCGCGGCUAUCUCUGCUGCGAACAGGUUGAAAAUCAAGUUGGAAGAGUUAAAUGCCACGAAGGCGUGUGAAAUCGCCACCCAUCUGCAAGCUGCUAUGGAGAAUGUGCUUGCCAAUGCACGUUAUCGAUUCUACGAUGACUGUGGUCCGAAAUUGGGCAAGGUGACUGCUGACACUCCAAUCAUGUUAGGGUAUUUUUAUCAACCUGUGUCCGGAGUGACGACGCUGAAAGCAGCGGAGGCUGUGUUGAACUCGCCACACGCUGCUAGGGUGAUGGCUUUCAAUGGCUGGGUCAUGAACGAUAAUCCUUUGCGUAACUUUGCUGAACCCGACUCAUAUGUGUAUCUGCGUCGGGAGCUUAUUGUUUGGGGUGAUUCGGUCAAAUUAAGGUAUGGUGAGAAGCGUGAUGACUGCCCUUACCUGUGGGACAGAAUGGCCAAGUAUUCGGAGAUCACUGCGAGCAUGUUUCACGCUGUGCGCCUUGACAACUGUCACAGUACACCGCUCCAUGUUGCGCAGUACAUGUUGGACAAGGCUCGUGCUGUACGACCAAACUUGUACGUGGUCGCCGAAUUGUUCACUAACAGCGAAUAUCAAGACAAUAUAUUCAUCAACAAACUUGGACUGAACUCUCUGAUUCGAGAAACGUUGCAAGUGUGCGAUGCCAAUGCGCUCGGCGCCCAGUUGUAUCGUUACGGUGUCCCCCGCCCAACUGGUGCCUUUUUCACUCACAUCUUCGAUCAGCGGCUGUAUCCAUCCGUCGCUCAUGCGCUUCUUUACGACCAAACCCACGACAAUCCGAGUGUGGCAGAGAAGCACUGUGUUUUCGACUAUUUGCCUCUUGCAGCUCUGACUUCGAUCGCAUGCUGUGCCAUUGGGAGCACUCGGGGUGUCGACGAGUUGGUGCCACAUUACAUCGAUGUGGUGAAAGAGGACCGACCGUAUGCCAAGUGGCCAGCUCAAGUCAACCAAAAUGUGGGAUUUGUUGAGGUCAAGUCGAUUUUGAACGAAUUACACAAAUGGCUGGCUUAUCAGGGGUUUUCGGAGACGUUUGUUGAUCAGCAUUCACCUCAUGUGAUUGCAGUGACCCGUGUCUGUCCCGCGACGAGAGAAUCCGUCAUUUUGGUCGCACACACGGCAUUCAGCUACGACGUUGUCAAUCACGAUCGCGUUGAUUUCGAUGCUCUUGAAUUGUCUGGCCGGGUGAAUCGAUUACUCCUCGAAACGAGAACCGUUUGCGCCGAUAAUGUUAUGUCACAAUUCAAACGCAAUCCUUCGUUCAUCAAUGGCCUACAAAAUGUGCAAUUUCCAUUUUUGCAAAACGUAGACUUCUCUGAAAGUCGUAUGUUCCGUGUGGAACACAUCACUACUGAACUUGGUGAUAUCUCCGAUCGUGUGCACUUUCAUAGUUUCCCACCAGGAGCGGUGGUAGUUAUUUCCGUCAGAUUGUCGGAACAGCACGAGAAUGCAUUGGGUGGUAUACACACAAUGCUCAGUAAUGAGUUCGGCUGCACGUUACACAAACAGUACCUCAACAUCAAAAUCGGUCAUGGAGACAAUGCGUAUACGCCACACUUGCCUGCCAGGAGGCCUUCAUUGAUUCAAGAUAACACUGUCCGUGUAUUAGCCGAUGAGGUCAACUUACUCGAUUUGAACCGCAUUCUCUUCCGUUGUGAGGCCGAAGAGCGAUCAGAUGACCCUCCUGGAGGAGCAUACCAUAUACCUGGAUACGGGAAGCUAUGUUAUUGUGGAUUUGAGAGCAUCACCGCCCUAAUGGAAGAUAUUCGCGAUAAACACGACCUUGGGCACCCCAUAUGUGCUCAUUUGCGUGAAGGCGAUUGGCUUCCUGAUUACUUGGUUAACCGUCUUUGUACGAUGCCGAAAAACGCAGAGCAUGUUUUGUCUACGGCUCUCAAUCCGUUGGGCAUGACACUGAAAAUGUUGUUCUCUCCGCUUCACCAUUUGCCUCCUUACUUGAAACCAGCUUAUUUUGCAACAUUGAUUCAAUUGGUGACUGAUCUAAUGCACAAUAAAAUUAUUUCUCACAUGGCUCCAUGGAUUACAUCCUCUUCGUCACUUAUCAAACGUCUUGCUGUGGCUUCCAAUCAGUUUUAUGGAUUCAUCGGCAACUGCCUUCUACCUGGGCCGGCACCUUUAGUAGAGAGCAUUAUUCCCCCGGAACUCGCAUCCAAAUCCAAUCCAACGUAUUGUAGUCUUGCGGCGGGACUUCCUCAUUUUGCUGAGGGAAUGUGGCGUUGUUGGGGCCGAGACACUUUCAUUUCACUACGCGGCUGCCUACUUAUUACCGAACGCUUUGAGGAUGCGGCUGAUGUGAUUUUGAGCUACGCAAGUUUGGUCAGGCACGGCCUAAUUCCUAAUCUCACUGGCGAAGGCCACGAUGUCCACCCGCGCUACAACUGUAGAGAUGCGGUCUGGUACUGGAUGUACUCGAUUGUGUGCUACGAGAAGGCUAUCGCUAAAGCACAGCUACAACAGCAUCCCAGGCUUUCCUCCAUCUCAGCCGGCCAUGCAUCCGAUAAACAAGAUAACACCAAUUCGUCGUCCGUCGUUAACAAGUCUGCAUCGGUGCCCAAAUGUACCUCUCCUCCUUGUGGUUUGGUCCACCGUCCAAUUUGGCGCUGGUUCCCCACAGAUGACGCCAUUGGCUGGCCAGACGAGAAACCACAACGACGCAGUUCGAUCAUCAACCGACAUGUGCAACCUGUUCAUGAGGUAAUCCAGGAAGUACUACAGCUUCACAUAACCGGUAUCGAUUUCGUUGAACGCAAUGCAGGCCCACAGCUGGAUGAACAGAUGAAGCUAGAAGGUUUCAGGGUGACCGCUUGCGUUGACCCACAAACCGGUUUUCCGGCUGGUGGCAACGCGUUCAAUUGCGGGACAUGGAUGGACAAAAUGGGGAGUUCGGAUCUCGCUGGAAAUCGAGGGAUUCCAGCGACACCACGAGACGGAUCUGCUGUGGAACUAAUCGGUUUGGCUUAUGCAGUCGUCGAGUGGUUAAAUGAGGCCCAUCAAACCGUUGAUGAGAAAAACAAUCCUUAUUAUCCACAUUCUGGUGUCCAAUUGCCAGAUGGCAAAUUUUUCACCUGGUCCGAUUGGCUAACUCAUAUACAGUCCUCGUUCGAACCCCUAUUCUGGAUACCGUCGGAUACGAAGGAUCCAGCGUUGAUGUACAAUCGUGGAAUUUACCGUGAUUCCAUUGGGUCUUCUUCCGGCUUCACAGAUAACCAACUGCGUCCCAAUUUCUUAAUCACGAUGGUCGUAGCACCCUCGCUUUUCACACCGGAGAGAGCGUGGACAGCUCUCGAGGUAGCCCGCACUCGUAUCUUGGGUCCGUACGGUAUGCGUACCCUUGGUCCUAACGACAUGGCCUAUCGAGGCGAUUACCACAACUCUGUCGAUUCGACAGACUAUUCCACUGCCAGAGGAUUUAACUAUCAUCAGGGUCCUGAGUGGCUUUGGCCCACUGGCUACUAUCUUCGUGCUCGCUUGUAUUUUGCCCGCCUGCUCUCAACCAUCCGUCAGGACAAAUGUUUACUGGACGCUGCGAUUUCAGAAUGCCAGAACGUAUUGGCGCGUUUCGAUAAAUUGUUGCGUUCCACCCCAUGGCGAUCUCUACCAGAGCUUACGAACUCAAAUGGUCAGUAUUGCCCGGACAGUUCUGCAGCACAAGCAUGGAGCGUUGGUUGCGCCAUGGAGGCCGCGUAUGACCUUCUAGCUCUGUCCACCGAAAAGUAGUCAGAGUAUCGAUCAGGCACUCCCUCACAUACGCACGAUGAUCGUCCGCGGCGCUCGUGCUCAAUGCGUCUUCCAGGAAUUCUUAGCGAGCUUUUUCUGACUCCCUGUAGACUACGCACAAAUGUGCACUACCUCUGCCUGUUUCCUUGCGCCCAAGUAUUCGUCUUUCUCCUAGCCAGCUUACUUGUUGCAAUUACUUCCGUGUUUUCUUCUUUUGCCGAGUAUUAAAGGCAUAUUUUGAUCCCCA